AUGUUGGAUGAUAUCCGUGGAUCUUCGGAGGACUCGUACAAGAUGCUACCCCAAUUUGUAUACAUAUUGGAACUCAACAACCCAGGUUAUGUUGUUGAAUACAAAGUUGAUGCCGAUGUCAUUUCUAUUGAUGGAACAAGUCUGAAGAAUAAGUACAGUGAUACUCUCUUAUCUACUUCAACACCUGAUACCAAUGAUCAGAUUUUUCCACUAGCAUUUUGUGUUGUGGGUUAUAAAAAUGAUUUCCCAUGGACCUGGUUUUGCAACCAAUUGAAGAUAAUUAUAGGUGGUCGAAAUGAGGUUGUCAUAGUAUAUAAUAGGCAUAAAAGUAUAUGCAAAGUCAUAGAGGUAGUAUUUCCCAACGUUUUAUAUUGCAUGUACGUUGUUCAUUUACUUAGGAACCUGAAGUUGAAUUAUAAGAGAAUAGUCGAUAUCUUAUUUCAUACAUGUGGGAAGGCUUUUAAUAUUGUAGACUUUGAACACGAAAUGUGUUUGUUGGAAUCUUCUGCCCUUGGUAUACGUGAGGAGCUUGAAUCCAUUGGUUUUGCUAAGUGGUCUCGUGCCUACUCACCACAUAGAAGAUAUAAUGUCAUGACCACUAAUAUAUCUGAGAGUUUGAAUUCUGCUAGGCUGAAAGUUAGGGAGUUACCAAUAUGUUCAAUACUUGAGAUUUUGCGAAUGAUGUUGCAAAGAUGA